GUAGAAAUACUGCCAGAGAGACUGGAAUGGACAGAGAUCUUUCUGAGUACCUCAAAAUUAUUGUCGAAGUGAUGGAGAGUUCAUACAAAAAGUGGAAAUCCUUGAUAAAAGAAAACAGAGAAAAAUACCAUGACUUAAACGCGUUUACUGUGGAACAAUUAAUGAUCCUUCAAGUAGAAAUUGCAAAAUUUAUGCACGAGCAAACAUCUUCAAAUUCGUUCUUGUUUCAUUUGCUGCAUUUUGUAAAGAAAGAUUGUACCGAAAAUGACUUAAGAAAUGCAUUACAAGAGGCACGAGAAGACAUUUUCAAAAUGGAAAAUAAGACUGAAACGUCACAAGAACCUUGUGAUACUGGAAGAAAGGACGAACAAUAUUGGAAAGAUGUUGAUGCAUUCCUAAAACUUGCGGAACAGAAGAAAUUUUCCCGUAAACUUGCUUUAUAUGGAAUUCAGAUCAACGAAAUUAAUGUGAGACAGCCUAAAGAAGGACUGAAAUGGUGUUUACGUAACUCAAAAAAGUAUGAAGCAAUCAUCCCAACAACAACUGAAGAAAGACCAGUCCGUCAAACUCUAAAUGCUUUUGCGGAGGAAAUCGAGAAAGAACUAAGGUAA